AUGGGAGAAGCGGGACCGCAGGCAGCCUCAAGCAAUGCAGAGCAACAGGCAACCACAGGCAAUGCGGGCAUGGCAUCCCUGAGCGGAGCAGCUGUGGCAUCCCCGACUGAUGUCAGCGAGAAUUCCUUUGCCCCUGAUGCUGGAGACGGCAGCGAUGGUUCCUCUCUUUCUGGUGCUAGAGACGGCAGCGAUGGCUCCUCUCCCUUUGGCGCUGGGAAAGGCAGCGAUGGCUCCUGUCCUUCUGGCGUUGGAAACAACAGCGUUGGCUCCUCUCCUUCUGAUGUUGGAGACAACAGCAGUGGCUCCUCUCCCUCUAGCUCUGGAGAUGGCAUUGGGGCCUCUCCAAUAUCUGCAGUCAGGUAG